CCGCCCCCUUCCUCCCCCCCGCCCCCCCACCACACCGACCAAUGGCGCCGCGCGGCAACCGCAGCAGCAAGAAGCCGCCGCCGCCGCCGCGGGGCAAGGGCAAGGGCAAGCGCCCCUCGUCCGCCGCCGCCGGAGACGACCCCUUCUUCGAGGCGGAGCCCAAGCGCCGCCGCGCCCGCGCGGACGAGGACAUCGAGAGCGGGGACAGCGACGACGACGCCCUCGCGCUGGGCGGCGCCGUCGUGGGCGAGGAUGGGGAGGAGGAGGAGGAGGAGGAGGACCGGGAGACGGCCGGGGAGAAGCGGAUGCGGAUGACCAAGGAGUACCUGGAGAGGAUCGCCGACGCCGUGAAGAGGAACAAGGAGGAAGAGGGGGACGACGACGAAGAUGACGACGACGAGGAUGAUGGUUUGCCCGGCGGGAGGCGGGUCGCCAAGCUCCUCCGGAAGAAGCAGCUCGUGGAGAGCGGCAGGCAGCGCCUGAGCCUCGCCGCGAGGGUGUUACCGCCGGGACAGCAGGAUGGAUUCAAAUUUAUAGCCAAGCACCGGCAACCAGUGACAGCCGUUGCUCUGUCGAAGGACAGUGACAAGGGGUUUUCGGCGUCCAAAGAUGGAGUUAUCCUCCAUUGGGAUGUUGAGACCGGGAAAAGCGACAAGUAUUUGUGGCCAACUGAAAAGGUGUUGGUCUCGCACCAUGCUAAGGCUCCUCUGUCUAAAAAGAGAAGCCAGCAUGUCCUUGCGCUGGCUGUUAGUUCUGAUGGGCGAUACUUGGCUACUGGUGGCUUUGAUAGGCAUAUCCAUUUGUGGGAUGUUCGAUCACGGGAGCACAUACAGGCAUUCAGUGGACAUAGAGGGGCAGUAUCCUGUCUUGCUUUUGGCCUGGACUCUUCAGAGCUAUUCUCUGGUUCUUAUGAUCGUUCAAUAAUGCAGUGGAAUGCUGAAGAUAGAACAUACAUGCACUGCCUAUAUGGUCAUCAAGGUGAAAUAUUGACAACUGAUGCACUCAGCAAAGAUAGACUUCUGACUGUAGCACGGGAUAGGACAAUGCAUCUUUGGAAGAUACCGGAGGAGUCACAGUUAGUCUUUCGUGCGCCUGCUGUGUCUUUAGAGUGCUGCUGCUUUAUCGAUGACAAGGAAUAUUUGUCUGGAUCAGAUGACGGAAGCCUCGAGCUUUGGAGUGUUAUGCGAAAGAAACCUACUCACAUAAUAAAAAAUGCACAUCCAGCAUUAACUCCUAGUUCACUUGACAGUGCUGAUGAAAAGUUGCCCAAAGAAAAUGGAAUUUGUAAGCCUGAAAGCCUUUCGUCAGCUCAUUCAUGGAUUAGUGCUGUUGCUGCAAGAAAAGGUUCUGAUCUGGCUGCGUCUGGAGCAGCAAAUGGUGUUGUUCGCCUUUGGACAAUUCAACCUGAUUCAAAAGGGAUGCAGCCAUUGUUCGACUUGCCACUGGAUGGCUUUGUCAAUUCUCUUGCAAUAGCAAAAUCGGGACGCUUCAUUGUUGCUGGUGUUGGCCGAGAACCUCGUCUUGGAAAAUGGGGUCGUGUCGCAACAGCAAAGAAUGGGGUUGCAAUUCAUCGGCUCAGUCUACAAGAUGACUCUGAAGAUUUGUAAGCUGAAAGAUACAGGAAGGUCGAACCACAAGCUUCACGCAUGCUAUAGUUCUAUGACGCACCAGCUUUACCGUUCCAUUGAGCAAAGCAAUUUCUGUGUGCAAGCACGGAUGGAGAGGCAUUGGAAUGGUUGGAUGUAGAAUUCGUAAUUUCUGGGGAAUGUGAUGUCCAAUUUUCUUCUCUGUUUCCGUUGUAGACGGCAGGUGCAGGUUUGAAGCCCUAUUCUUUUGCGCCCUGCCCGAAAUGAUUGUCACGGGAAAUCGUCGAGGUAGUUUUAAGCAGGGAAACAAUUUUUUUGUGGUUUUGGCUUUGGCAGGAGACGUUCUCUGUAAUAGCAAAUUUUGAUGGCUGGUAGCGAUCUUUUGUGAAACUGAAA